ACGUACACUUCUGUCAUUUGUCAAAAAAUCGACCCACUCGAAGCGCUGUUAAAUUUUUAGGCGAAAAUUAAAAUUCUAGCCAUCUGAGAAGAUUUACAUAUAAUAAAUGGCUGCAUUAGCGUCCAGAAAAACCUUGGGCCAGCUUCUCAAGCAAGGAUAUAAUGAAAUCCCCGAAGUCUUGGCCAGCACUGGUCUAGCUCUUGUUGGGAUCGGUAUGGCAACAAUAGGCUGCUACAAUUAUAUCAAGAGCGAUGGGGACAACAGAAGGUACAAGAUGACCUACGUCGUGAUGAGGCCGGAUGACCCCAGAGUGAAGUUAAUCAAAAAGGACUAAAAUAACAAUUUUGGCAAACUAGUUACUGGUAGUGUGAAUUAUGUAAUACAGCUCGGUGUUGUCGUUAUUA